AUGCCACGAAAGUCUAAAAGUCCAAAAGAUGCGGAUAAAGGCACUGCAUGGUUGAAUGAGCCCGGUCUCCUCACUAUAAUCGAUCUUUCAUGCCCUUGCAUCUCGCCGGACACGGCCUGUUCGUUGUUCAAUGCGUGUUUAAGCAUGUUCUUGGAGCAGGAUUAUCAUUGCGGGAGAGUCGUUGCCUUAGAUGAGGCUCAUAAGUAUAUGUCUAAUUCGCCGGAAUCGACUACGUUGACCAAUACAAUACUCGCGACCAGCCCACAAUUUCACCAUCGUUGCUCGAUUUAUGCUCGGUGA